AUGCGCGCAGCUUCACGUCUCCUAGCAAAAGCCAGCACCGUAGGCACGCCAUCUGGCGGCCUGGGUGUCGUUCCCCACGCCCUCCUCCCGCCAAUUCCGCUGUAUCGUCGACUACUCCGUGGUCAUCGCAAACACUUGCCUCCGGAGAUGCGUGUGUUGGGUGAUGAGUAUAUCAAGAGCGAGUUUAGGGCACACAGGGAUGUUGAGAAUCCCAUUCACAUUAUCGGUUUCCUCACAGAAUGGCAAGGCUAUGCACAACAGAUCGAGGGCGAAAAGUGGAGGGGAGAAAAGAUGGACAAGGCAAAGAUUGACAAGAUGAGCGACGAGCAAAUUGCACAAAUGUACGAGCUCAUGCAAGCUAUCAGGAAGCAAGAGUUGGAAGAGAACGACCCGGAGUUCCAGGCUGCCACUGGCCAGGAUCCUUCAAAGCAAAACUAG